GUUGAAUUAAACAUGGCUCAGUGCGAAGAGGUCGCCAGAUCUGAAGAAUACAAGAGAAUUCUUGACGAUCAUGAUCUAACUAGCUGGAUUGUUUGUGACAUUGAGGGUUUCAGCAAGUUAGUUGUUAACUCUGCCGGUGAGGGUGGUUACGAUGAGUGUAUCAAGCACUUAGACCCUGCCAAGUGCCAGUUUGCUCUUAUUGAGGUGAUUGGACUUGAGAACAAGUCUGCCGUUACGAGCAGACGUCCCAAGUUCGUGUUCAUUGCCUGGAUCGGUAGCGAGACUCCCAUCAUUGAGCGUGCGCGUGUGAGUACCAUCAACUCCCAGGUCCGUGAGUUCUUCUGCAGAGCCCAUAUUGGUCUCCAGGUGAACACUCUGGAGGAGAUGACGAAGGACAUCAUCAUCCGUGAGCUGGACCGUGCUUCCGGCUGCCACGCCCCCGACGAAUACAUUUUCGACAUCACCGCGGAGGAUAUCGACUUCACUGGCCACGAGGACGACGUGAAGCAGAGCGAUGUGACGUUCGAGGACGUGUGGGAGGAGUUCAAGAAACAGGAGUCGAAUGUGAACUGGAUCCUGUUCCAGCUCGCCAAGGACGAGACCCUGCAGGUGUUCGGCUAUGGCAACGACGGUCUGCAAGGACUGAUGGACAAGCUGGACGACAGCGAGGUGCUGUACGGAAUUUUCAAGGUGAACGCCUUCAACAAGGCCGGAACCUGCACGUCGGUGCGAGAGCGCUUCGUGUUCCUGAUCUGGGUGCCCGAGAACGCUCCCGUGUUCACUCGCGCGCGUGUGGCCACGCACAAGCAGGUGCUGCUGAAGCGUCUGCAGACCUACCAUGCGGAGAUUCGCGCCGAAAGCAUCGAGGAUAUCACGCGAGAGGAUAUCGUGAAGAUUUUGGACAAGUCGUGCGGAUCGCACAAGCCCCAGAAGUACAUCUUCGGACCUGGAGACGAGGUGGUGUGCCAGGAGGAGGAAUAAGAAAACAGCCGUUCGUUCGUUCAUUCUUUCUUUCUUUCUGUUGUGAUAGCAUGUUCUAUAUC